AUGGCUCUGGAGAUGGGGACAUCCCGGAGCUUGGAGCGGCACGGGGGUGGGGCCUCUGUGCUGUGUCACAACUUGGUGGACCUGCCCAGAGCCGGUGUGGUGGUCACCAGGGCUCCCCUCGCAGUGUACCACUGGGUGGAGAUGCGGACCAAGAUGCGCAUCAUGGGCUUCCGGGGCACGGCCAUCAAGCCGCUGAACGAGGAGGCGGCCGCCGAGCUGGGCGCCGAGCUGCUGGGCGAGGCCACCAUCUUCAUCGUGGGCGGAGGCUGCCUGGUCCUGGAGUACUGGCGCCACCAGUCGCAGCAGCGCCACAAGGAGGAGGAGCAGCGGGCGGCCUGGGACGCGCUGCGGGACGAGGUGGGCCACCUGGCGCUGGCGCUGGAGGCGCUGCAGGCGCAGGUGCAGGCGGUGCCGCCGCAGAGCGCGCUGGAGGAGCUGCGCGCGCAGGUGCAGGAGGUGCGCGCCCAGCUCUGCGCCGCCGGGGAGCGGCCGCCCGCCUCCCACGCAGCGUCCUCCGCCCAGAACUAGGACUCAGGGCUGGACUUGAACGUGGCCACGUGUGCCCUGACAUGGCCUUCUCCCCACACCACCCGACCUGCGCCGGCCAGUGGAAACCAGGGAGGUGGAGGCAACUCGGUAUGGGGCUCCCCCUUCCAUCGGGACGCCCUGGCGGGUACAGCUGGUGGCACAGCCCCCUCCAGCUCUAACUGCCUGGCACCCCAGACCACACUGACCUGCUCGGUCCCAGCCAGCCGGACAUCGCCUGCUCUCUUCUGACAAAGGAAAGAGACAGGAACUGAACUUGCCACCCCGCCCGCUUGUACUGAUGAGCGCUGCCUGUCCCCGGGCCCCGGGAACGCCCUCCUUCGUCAGGACGCACAUCUGUCUCACCCAGGUUCAGCCCAGCUGGGCCCCGGCUGUGCCUGCUCUUACAGGGGGGAGGCAGGUAACUGGCUGGAGAGGCGGGGUCUCUACACAGAGCACUUGAGAGUGGGGGCCCUCCGUGCCUGGCAGACAGCCCCAGAGCACGUUCAGUGAACAGGCACGUCCCUCCCACCGGCCGUUCCCUGAAGCUGCAGGUGGGGUGGGGGUGAGGCAAGGCUUUCUUCCACUCCCCCGGCACAGACCUGCCCAGGUAGAAGCCAAGGAAGCCGAAAUUGGGAGUGGCCUAGGGGGUGGUGGGCGGAGCCAGGGAGGGGCCGCUGCCCGGUUUCCAUGGUUACCACUGCCCAUCACUGUUCUAAUGGAGCCCCGAGGUUGGCUGCCGGGGGCGGGGGCGUCCUCCGUGCCUUCCCUGAGCCCCCGUUAUUUUCUCCAUUUCAUGGGCGAUGAAGCUGAGAGAGGCAGAGUCACCCAGAGGUGGGGUGGGGGAUGGGCAGGCUGGGCCCGAGCCGCCCCCUGACCUGCUCUGCGCCUGCCCUGACUUGUCCCUGCAGGUGGCUGGUCCCGGCGGGCAGCAGCCCUCUGCUUGCAGCCGUUGGGGUUGGGGGGAGGCUCUGCUUUCCUACUGGCUAAACCUUGGUGGAGCUGUGGUCUGGGGAGAGGGGUCAGAAUAAACUUGAACGUGAA